GUAGCGCUCUGUUGUUUUCCGACCAAUAUGGCGGCUGUCGGCGGGGACUGGCGCUCGGGAGCGGCGGCUUCACGAAUUAUAUACAGAUGAAAUCAACUGGCUGAAGAAUCUUGGUUUGCCAAAUGCUUACACUAUCAAACAAUAUUUUAAAUCUCAACUCCAGUCAUGGCAUAUGAUGAAGCACUCAGAAAGAAAGAAGAUUGUAUAGUGGGUGAAAGCGGAAUUGAAGAGGUGGGUCUGGCAGCAGGCAGAAGCCAACGAGAGAAGAAGCGCUCGUAUAAAGAUUUGCUGAAAGAAGAGGAGGAAAUAGAUGCAGAAGUCCGAAACUCAGCCAAAAAGAAAGCGAAGGAGAUUGAAGAUUUCCUUUUGGGUGCUGAUUUUCAUAAGAAAAAGAAGAAAUUACACCAUUUAACAGGAGAAGAGUUCUACUAUGGAGAGCUGUCACCUAUGGAACCUGUAAAGAAGAAAAAGAAAAUCGAUGGUCAACAGACUGACACUGCCAUGGGCCUUCUGAAGGCUAUAACCUCACCUGUAUCUGCAGUUGCAAAGCCUUCUAAAAAAGUUGAGAAACCAAUUUCUGCUUUUGGCUCACCAUCCUACCCUCCUUUUCACACUGAGAAUAAGAAGGAACAUAAGAAAAAAGCUGCCAGUGCAGACCCUGAGGAUCUCUCUGAAGAAGGAAGCUUCCACAAGUCAAAGAGGAUGAAGCCGCUUUUUGUAAAUACAGACGCUGUGACUGUGCGUGAAGGAGAGGGUUUAAAAAUGAAACUCCUCCUCUCGCCUAAGGACAAGUCGGGCAUGGAUGAUGAGGCAUUCGGUUUUGCAGGGACAUCAAGUCUAAAGAAAUCAUCAAAAAAGGCAAGUAGGGAGGAACAUGGCACUUUCCUCUCUACCCUUGACACCCACAGUUUGCCAAAGCCAUCAGCUGUUCGUAAAAAACACAAGUCAGAGUCUCGGGUUAGUGAGGGCUUUGACUCUGCAUCGCACUUCUACCCUGAAGUUCAUGCCAGUAACCUUUCUGAUUAUGAGCUCACUGGUUUGGAGACAUUGGAGUCUGCAACGUCCUCUGGUGGGGAGCUUGAGGCUGGAGAGCUAGUUAUCGACGAUUCUUUCCGAGAAAUGAAAAAGAAAAAGAAGAAAGACAAAAAAAGCAAAAAAAAGAAGGACAAGGACAAACACAAAGAAAAGAAACACUCAAAGUCUAAGAAGCUUCUGGUUCAUGGCUCAGGGAAGGCCAUGUCACCCACUAAAUGCUGUUAUUCACCACAGCCAUCCGUAAGCACACCUUAUGCAUUGAAUGUACACUCACCUUCUGUAUUCCAUAUUGAAGGACAGACUGAGAAAAAGAAGAAAAAGGAAGAAAAAGAUAAAGAAAAGAUAGAAAAACCUGAAAAGAAAAAAAAGAAUAUAUCGGCUUAUCAGCUGUUUUGCAAGGAGUACCGGAUUAAUAUUAUUGCUGAGCAUCCAGGAAUAGAUUUUGGUGAACUCAGCAAGAAGCUGGCUGAGGUAUGGAAGCAGCUUCCUGACAAGGAUAAACAGGUAUGGAAACAGAGGUGCCAAUACUUGCAGCACAAGCAGAACAAAGCCGAGGCUAUGACAGUGAAACGGAAACUCUCUGAUUCAUUGGAAGAGGCAGCUGUUAAACAGAAAGGCAAGCAGAACUUGUCAUCAUUGUCUGGUAUGAUGACACCUCAGAAGAAAUCAGCCCUUUCGGUCACAUUCGGAGGCAGCAGUCAGUCCUCCUCUCCAGUGAAAAUGCCAGAUGCUGACCCAAUCGACGUUGCAGCGCACUUGCAGCUUCUGGGAGAAUCGCUGAGCCUCAUCGGCCACCGACUGCAGGAAACUGAGGGUAUGGUGGCAGUGUCUGGGAGUCUCUCUGUCUUGCUGGAUUCCAUAAUCUGUGCACUGGGUCCAUUAACUUGCCUCACAGCACAGGUUGAUCAUCUUAAUGGCUGUCCAAAAGAAAUUCUUGCUCUCACACUGGAUAACAUUGCUUAUAUCAUGCCAGGACUUUGACCUUGAGAGAUGUUUGGGACUGGAUCAAUAGCAGAAAACUGAAUAUAUUGUAGAUAAAGAUUGUUCACUGCUGAAUAGCAUAUUUGAAUUGUACCCUUUCCUAUAGUACUGUAAUUAUUGUCGAAUGUUGUAAAAAGCCUGCUUUGAGAUGUUCGAGACAAUGCAAGCCCGGGAGACGUGCUGGAAAGAAGGUGCAUUUCUUGAAGGGAUCAUUGGGUUUAACGUUGAUCUACCAGGGAUCACUAUUGCCAAAUAUGAACGCCAAUGCUGGACCACCUUCUGCUGAAUCAUAAUUGUUUCCACGGGUAUGCGUCAUUUUGUAAGUUUGUAAUGUUAAAUGUAAAAGAAAACCUCCAAUUCUGGAAAAGAAGAAAACAUUGGAAACAUUUAACAAGUUAUUCACCAACUAAAAAACAAAGUAAGAGGGUGCUGUGAUGAAAGGUCACAGCUAAAGUGCCAAGCCCACCUUUUGUUUCAGUUGAUGAGCAACCUGUUGUGGAUUUGCAGUAUUUUGUAUUUUAUUUCAUUAUCUUAUAGCACUGAAAGUGCAGCUUCUCAAUGGUUCCUGCUCAUUCCUUGUGAUAAAUGGCCUUCAAAUGGGCUCUGUUCAGCUGUCUUGAGGAUAUGUCCUCUGAUAAAGUGCUCACUGUGAGCGCAUUUAGCUGAGGAACAUAAUGUUUUGUGGAAUUUACUACUUCAAAGUAAUUCUAAAACCUGAUUUGAGCAAGCUGAGUCCUGUAUAGUUGUGUCUGUCUACCUUGCAUUUAGUUGUGAAUUCUUGCCUCCUCCAAUCCUGUUCAACCUAACUAGAAUGAAAACAGCAAAUGAUGGAAUUACUCAGCAGGUCAGACAUCUGUGGAGAGAGAAACACAGUUAACCAUUUCAGAUUAGGCAGACUUUGACUGGUACCUGGUUCUGAAGUGUCUCAACAGUGAAUAUCGUAUUUGAUCUAAUCAAAUCUUUAGCAGUUUGCAAAUAUACACUUCUCAGCUGGAUCAUUGGGUGAUGGUCAGGAGAGACUGUUGACCUUUUAGAGUAUUCCAUACUGCCUUUUGUGCCUAUAUAGCUCUCCAAAAGUGCUAUCCAGUCAUUCUGAUUGCCUUGUCAUUUCUCAUUGCCCAUAUCUUACCCCAUCAAAUUUUACUUUUCAAGCAUUAAAUACAGAUCCUCAAUCAGCUGAAUUAAAAGAAAACUUUUAAUACCUUGCCAGCUGUUUUCUGUCUGUAUUUACCACUUGAUGUUUCUUAUGCUACUAGUGACUUAUUUUCGUUUCACCUAUAAAAUUCAACUCUUCUGAUCCAAGGAGGAUAAUACAAAAUUCUCAAGUUUUUCCAUGUGCUAAAAUACCACAUUCAGGGUCCUAUUCUAUUAAAUCUCUCUAAGGCAUUUCUCCCCCUUCAACUGAAGGCCUCGUCAUCACCCUUGUUUGUUUUUAAAAUUUCUGUGUGUGAACAUUAUAGCACAUUAAAGAAGUGGCAUUAUAAAUUGUAUUUUCAGAAUAUGUUAGUAGCUCCAGUGAUAAAUAACCCAUUUCACUAAUCGGUGUUGUGUGCAGGACUAGGAGGUUCAGUGGGUUAAAUGGUGACAACAUUCAGUAUUUUAUAAAUUUUAUGAUAUUUCUUAAUUUGAAAUAGCUAUAUACUUUCCUUUCGGUUAGUCCUGACGAAGGGUCUCGGCCUGAAACAUUGACAGCGCUUCUCCCUAUAGAUGCUGCCUGGCCUGCUGUGUUCUACCAGCAUUUUGUGUGUGUUGUUGUUUGAAUUUCCAACAUCUGCAGAUUUCCUCGUAUAUACUUUUCUUGCUGAGAUGCUCUGUAUUGGAAGGAAAGUAAUAUUUCCUAUUUUCUGUCCAAUGUUCUUUGCUCCAAACUUUACUUUAGUGAGGUUAAUAUGUCUGAAACUUUUGUACAGCCUCUGUAGCCUGUAAACAACUAUAUAAAAGUCAAACACGAGGAAAUCUGCAGAUGCUGGAAAUUCAAACAACACACACAAAAUGCUGGUGGAACACAGCAGGCCAGGCAGCAUCUAUAAGGAGAAGCACUGUCGACGUUUCGGGCUGAGACCCUCCAUCAGGACUAACCGAAAGGAAAGAUAGUAAGAGAUUUGAAUGUUAAAAGCCAUUAACCUUCAUCAUGGAAUUCAUCCCAUGUUGAAAAAGUUACACCCAUUGAGAAAUUGAUACAUUCAAAGCUCAUGAUUUUGUCCUUUGUAAUAAUUUAAAACAUCAAAAAUAGUGUUAAGCAGAAAAACAAGGUUGUCAAAGUGGCUGACAGGCUCUGAACUAUUAUAGGGAUGAGUACCAUUUGUAACAGUACUUAGUUAUUUAAUUUGUUUGCGAGCAACAUGAUUCUCCCACUGUAAAGUUUGAUAGUUUCGCAGUAUUUCCCUAAUGGUUAUAUUAUUUUAAAACUAUCAGUUGUUUCCUGACCCAAUGGAGGGAGUUGUACUUCGAUAAGAUCAGUUAAACAGACCACAAAAGACCACCAGGGUCAAAUGUUAACUGAAGAAUUGUUGGCUGAAUCACUACCACUAUUUUCUACCAUGUCUUCAGUUAAUUCACAUUUUAAUGAGUGAUUUUUAAAAAAAAAUUCUUUUAAGCCAAUUUUUUUCAUUUUCUCCCUCAAUGCAACAAAAUAGAUGAAUGUGUGUGACUGUACGAAUCUCCCUAUAUGAAAUUGCUUGAUUGCUUGUGCUACAAGUUGAUUAGUAUAAUCACUUGCUCCCUGGGAAACAUUUUAAGGGAUUAAAUGCCAUUCUCAUUUAGAAGGUCUUUGAUAUUACUGUAAAAUAUCAAACUUUAAUUCUAGAAAUGUGGGAAUACAUCUGACCUGAACAUGCUUAGGCUCACCUAAAUAAUAACUUUGAAAGUAAAAGCUAAUCAUUUAACCCACUGAUAAGAAUCUGAGUGGGUGGGGGUUGCUGUUCUAGCGUUCUGUUCUGUUGGGAGUUUGUUUGCAAAUACUCCUUCACAUUUGGGAUCAGAAUUUACGGCCCAGCUCAGAUACAAACCUUUUUCUCUGGCUAGCUAAGAUCAGAUCACAGGGAAAGAAGAAAUUUUGAUAGAUACUAUCAGGCUAAAUCAAUAGAAGAGAUUUUUCAGGUGAAAUGUUUUGAAGCUGAGUAGGGAGAUAAUACUCCAUAUCUAAUCUGGGAAUUGUAACCUGCUGCUGAGUGAUAGAAAUCUACUUCUCUGCUUAAAAAAAAAACCCACACUGAAAUAAAACUAAAUAUAUAGCUUUCUAUCAGCAGUCCUCACUACGCACAUCUCCCCCAGAGGAAACCACAUGAUAACCAUGGGUCAGUGAGAUUUACUGAACUGAUUUUAUCUUCUGUUGACAUACAGUUUGUCUGUGGUUUUAAUUGGUCACAUUGGUUUGUUUUCUGAUACCACCAUUGAACUGUAAGAUCUGAACAAUGAUUGAGUACUGUCCUCCUAAUAAGUCAGGCAUUUCUCUUUUAAAGGUUUAUAUAUGUAUGAUUAUUGUAUCUUUUUUAAAAAGAAAGCAAAGAUUUAGAAUAUUCCUUUGGGCUUUUAUAAAAAGUUCUUCCUGGUCUUUCUUGAUUUGCACACAGUAAACUGUAGCUGUACUGUAUGCUAUAUAAAUAGAUCAUGAGUUUUUGUAUUCUUCA